AUGUUUUCAAUAUCUUUAAAUGGACGUUUAGUUGGUUACUUUCAGGGACCAAGGGGUGUAAAACAAGAACAUCCACUAUCUCCUUAUUUGUUUGCAAUUGCAAUGAAUGUGUUGUCAAGGUUGUUAGAUGUUGCUGCAAAAUAUAAAGUGUUUGAUUAUCACCCUAAGUGCAAGAAGAUUGGGUUAACACAUUUGUGUUUUGUGGAUGAUCUACUGAUUUUUGCUAAAGGUAACAAAGACUCUAUUUUGAGGAUAAAAAAGGUACUGCAAGUCUUUUAUUCAUACUUUGGAUUGCAACUCAACUGUGAGAAAAGAGAACAGUUUACAUCAGGGAGUAGAAGAGAGGAGAUGCAAGGAAUACAACAAGCCACCGGGUUCAAGAGAGGCCUACUACUAGUAAGGUACUUGGGAGUGCCAUUGGUUACUAGGAGACUUACCGAAAAGGAUUGUGCUCCAUUGCUGGAAAAGAUCACGACAAAAAUAAGCGGAUACAUUUUAUGCUACCAAAAUGUGUUAUUAAAAAGAUCAAUCAGCUGCGUUCAAGCUUCUUCUGGAAAGGAAAAGAGGGCAAUGCAAAAGGAGCUAAGGUCAAUUGGGAAGCAAUGUGCUAUCCUAAAUCUGGAGGAAGGUGAGGAUUGA